UUUAUUGAUUAUAUCAUAAGUGAACCAAGGAUACAGUUGUAAUGUAUUUAAAAACACAAAGUUUAAAAACUUGACAUUAUACUAAAUGUCCUUUGACCAGAAGCUGGCCACUUGGGAGUGCCUCUAGUGUUGCUAUAAGAAGGUUUGUGCAUGUGGCAGGGCUCAGACUGCAUUGUAGUAGGUGGUCUGUGGUUUGCUCUUCUCCACACUCGCAUGUCGUGGACUCCACUUUGCAGCCCCAUUUCUUAAGGUUGGCUCUGCAUCUCGUGGUGCCAGAGCGCAGUCUGUUCAGUGCCUUCCAAGUCACCUAGUCUUCUGUGUGCCCAGGGGGAGUCUCUCAUUAGGUAUCAGCCAUAGCUUGAGGUUCCAGGUUUUAGCCUGCCACUUUUGGACUCUAGCUUGCUGAAGUGUUCCUGCGAUUAUCUCUGUAGACCUUAGAAAACUAUUUUUUGAUUUAAGGCAUUGGCAUGCUGGCUGAUAUCCGAACGGGAUGGGCUGAAGAUGUCAUUACCUUGGUCCUUCCAUUAUUGGCUGCUACUUCCCGAUGGAUGUCAGGUGGUUCGAUACUGGCUAAACAGUAUAGUUUCUCCAGUGAUGUAGGGUGUAGACAUCCUGUGAUAAUGUGGCAUGUCUCAUUAAGAGCCACAUCCACUGUUUUAACGUGGAGAGGUGUGUCCACACUGGGCAUGCAUAUUCAGCAGCAGAGUAGCAAAGCUCAAGGGCAGAUGUCUUCACUGUGUCUGGUUGUGAUCCCCAGGUUGUAACAGUCAGCUUUCGUAUGAUUUUAUUUCUAGUGCUGACUUUUUGCUUGAUUUUCAAUCAGUGCUUCUUGUAGAUUAGAGCACAGUCCAGGGUAACUUCCAGGUACAGUAGAGUCUCACUUAUACAAGCCUCGCUUAUCCAAGCUUCUGGAUUAUCCAAGCCAUUUUUGUAGUCAGUGUUUUCAAUAUAUCGUGAUAUUUUGGUGCUAAAUUCGUAAAUACAGUAAUUACAACAUAACAUUACUGCGUAUUGAUCUGCUUUUUCUGUCAAAUUUGUUGUAAAACAUGUUUUGGUGCUUAAUUUGUAAAAUCAUAACCUAAUUUGAUGUUUAAUAGGCUUUUCCUUAAUCCCUCCUUAUUAUUCAAGAUAUUCGCUUAUCCAAGCUUCUGCCGGCCCGUUUAGUUUGGAUAAGUGAGACUCUACUGUAUUUGUGUCUGCAAUUAUUUGAAAUUUGAAACUGAGUUCAAUGCAGUUAUAGUGUAUUAUAUGAAUCUACACUGAAUAUCUUAUACAGUCUCAGAGUGGCAGUAUUACAAGAUCUUUAGCCUUCUCUGCCCAAGAAUGCUGAGUCAUCAAACUGCAACUCCCAUGAUUCCAUAGUAUAAAACCAUGACAGUUAAAGUGAUAUUAAACUGUAUUCAUUUUACAGUGUAGAGGCACCUUGUAAUAUGAAGAAGGUACUUAUGUUUCCACACUCACAUGCCUGACAAAUAUAAUACAGAGUGAGAUUACCCUUCUCAGCCACCACAAAUACAGUAGAUUGCUGAUAGCCUAGUUGAGCCAUAAAUAUUGCUGGUUUUGGCACAGCUUCUCAUGCCUAAUAGUCUGGAGGCUACAACUCAUGUAAUGGCAAUUAUCCGUAGUGUUUGCAGAAGGUAACAUGUCAUAGUCAGUCUGACCAAUUCUUACAACUGCUAGAGAUAACACCGUCUCAUGAUCAUUGUACCUUUGCUCUUUCCCUGCAAGUCAGAGCAUUCUCUCUUCCUCUGACUUUAGCUGAAGACUUUUAAUUAACAAGAAAAAAAUAGCAUUGAAUAAAUAUGCUGUUGAAUUUUAGGUCUCUGUUCAAUGCGGGACAUGCCAACAGGAUCCGCAAACAUCUGGUGCAAUGUCUUUGUUCCAGGCAUGGGCAACCUACAGAAUCUCCCAUUCAGCUGAAAGGCCAUGACCUUCUAACGUUACAAAAUUAUAAAGCAGAGGAAAUCGAAUAUUUGCUUUGGGCAGCAUCGGAUUUAAAAGAGAGAAUCAAACACAAGAAGGAGCAUUUGCCUUUGCUGCAAGGAAAAUCCUUAGCAAUGAUUUUUGAAAAAAGAAGCACAAGGACUAGAAUAUCUACAGAGACAGGAUUUGCUCUCCUUGGAGGUCAUCCCUGUUUCCUCACACUGCAAGACAUUCACCUGGGCAUUAAUGAGAGCAUCAUGGACACAGCACGAGUAUUGUCAACCAUGACAGAUGCAAUCCUAGCACGAGUCUAUAAACAGGGUGAUCUAGAGAUGUUGGCACAAGAGGCCACAAUCCCCGUGAUAAAUGGACUGUCAGAUUUUGACCAUCCUAUCCAGAUUUUGGCUGAUUACCUUACACUUCAGGAACACUACGGAUCUUUGAAAGGUUUGACACUCAGCUGGAUAGGUGAUGGAAAUAAUGUUCUGAAUUCUAUUAUGCUGAGUGCUGCUAAAUUUGGGAUGGAUCUGCACAUUGCUACUCCAAAAGGCUUUGAGCCAGAUCCCAUGGUGAUUCAAAUAGCAGAAGAUUAUUCCAGAAAGUACUGCACCAAACUGUUUCUCACCACUAAUCCUCUUGAAGCUGCCAAUGGAGCUAAUGUUUUGAUCACAGACACAUGGAUAAGCAUGGGGCAAGAAGAAGAAAAACAAAAGAGGCUGAAAGCUUUCCAGGGUUACCAGAUCACAAUGGAGACUUGUAAAGUGGCUGCUCCCGAUUGGACAUUUUUACACUGUUUACCCAGAAAGCCAGAAGAAGUUGAUGAUGAAGUAUUUUAUUCUCCACAAUCACUGGUUUUUCAAGAGGCUGAAAACAGGAAAUGGACAAUUACGGCUGUCAUGGCUUCUCUGCUGACAGAUUAUUCACCACAGCUGCAAAAGCCUACAUUUUGAUUUUUGGAUUUCUGCCAAGAGAAAACAUUCCACACCAGGAGAAUACUUUUCUUCAUGAAGAUUGUCUGCCUGCCUCUCUGUCUCUGUCUCUCUCUCUUUCUCUUUUCAAAAUUAUCAAAAGAUGAAAACAAUGGUGAUUAUUGAUCAAUGCUGUGGAAGGUUCUUGCAUAUAUAUUCUCUUGGUUAAGUGUUACAGCUGCAUUUCAUUUUCUCAUUUCCUUUUUGUUUUAUAACCUGCAUAUUGAUUAGUCUCCUUGAUAGCUACAAUGUAAUAAAAUAGUCAGAAAUGAAGGCAGUAGUUACAUUGCAGUAGUAAAACUGAUAUCAUAAAUGUACCCAGGAAAUGUGUAAAGUGGAAAUCACUGCAAUAUUCUCAAAAACUAUCAUAUUUUCCUGCUAGAGGAUGUGCUAUCUCUGUGUAAAUGUCUCUAUGUGUGUGUGAGAGAGAAAGAAUAAAUGAGAGAGAGAGAGAGAGAGAGAGAGAGAGAGAGAGAGAGAGAGAGAGAGAGAGAGAAUGCACCUUAUCCCCUUCCCUUAAAAACCUGUAUGUUUCAAUUCUGUUGGAAUGAAUCUGAAAUCAUUAUCUUCAGAAAGGAGGCUUUGAGUUGGACAGUUAUACUUGAACUUUGUUCCCCUGCAGAUAAUAACUUCUAGGAUCUGCCUAAUAAAUUCCCUGUUCAGACUAGAAAUGUUACUGGAAUUUGAUCUUCACAAAGUGUAAAUUGCUCUGAUUUCACUCUCUGAGAUAAAUGUGUGGGUUGGAACAGAGAGUUUUGACUUUGAAUUUCUAGAUGCUAUUCCUGGCCUUUAAAAUGUCUCAAAAUGUAGUUCAUAGGGUGCAUAUAGAUAAAGUGUCUUUACAGAAUCCAUAUUUUUACAAACUUCAGUGUAUGUAUGUGCAGGUAUGCAUUUUUAGAAUUUGGAAUUAAUGUGAAAUGGUCAAAAUAGACUUCAUUUAUUUAAUAUCUCUCCUUUUUCUUAGUUCAAGAACUAAGGAACUACCACAUGAAUAAAACAGAAUACAGUUGAAAUACCAAUCAGUUAUAAUAUUAAAGAAUACUUUCUAAAAUAAGCAAAUGCAUUAAAACCAAUCAUUCAAUUUAUUUUUUUACAACAUUUAUAUUCUGCCCUUCUCACCCUGAAGGGGACUCAGGGCGGAUCACAGAACACAUACUGCAAAUGUUCAAUGCCCUUAUACAGACAGGGAAGACAACAUAUACAUAUAUAUAGAGAGAGGGGGGGGGGCAGGCAGGCAUUUUCCCAUCUUUGGCAUCCUGGAGGUUCUGCUCGAUUCUGGCCACAAGGGGGUGCUGUCUCUCCAUCCUUCAUGUUGAAGAGCCCUGAUCACAGACUUCUUCCUUUCUUUUGAUCGCUGACAUUUUCUGGUAUUUCCUUUUUAUGGUGCCAUAAAAUACCUCCCCGCUUAAGCGAUACCUAAUUUAUCUACUCACAACUGUUUUUGAACUGCUAGGUGGACAGUGAGCUGGGCUGGAAGGUCAGGCGCUCACCCUGACCCACGCUUCGAUCUGCCAACCUAUCAAUCGGUAAGAUUUAUUGCAGCUGGCGAUUAACUAGCUGUGCUAAAGCCUGGCCCUUUAAAAAAAUUAAAAGUUUUUAAAACAUAAGAAAAGGGGAAGGCACACCCCAAAGACUCAAAAUUGCCUUUUGACUCUUCCUAAGCAUCCUAUUAGUGAUCAAAAGUCUGUCUAAAUAGAUAGGUUUUUACGUUCCAAUAGAAAGACAAAGACAAGUAUAUGACAAAUGAAUUUACAGCUGGUCCUUCACAUUUGCAAAGCUGAUUUUGUAGAUCUGAUUAUUUGCAGAUUUGAUUAGAACAUUUUCUCUAGAACCUCUAGGCCUUCAGUGCAACUCAGUGGUCACCUUCUACCCAAAAUUGACCAUAGUGUCAUCCUGGAGGAGCUAGAGAUUUAUAGAUAGGUAUUCUCUCAGGUUAAAAAUAAUAGUGAUUUUAUUAUUUUCUUUUUUUCCUAUUUUUGUGGGGUUCCUCUGCUCUGUACCCAGGGAAUGUGGAGGGCUGACUGUAAUUUUAGUGACAUCCUCAUAGCCUUGUUCCAGCAUCUUGUAGCUUAACAUGUUGUCUGAGAAGACGUAACUCAUGGCUUCUUACUCACAUACCAUCCUCACCCAUUUUGUUUUUUGACCAUCCGUUAUAUGUAAUGCAAAAUCAGUUAUCUAUUUAUAACCAUUCUGUAUUUAUUCUAUUUUAAGUUUUAGAAUUGUAUUCUGUUUUUCCUCUAAAAACUAUGCUGGAGAUAGCUAACAGACAUGGAAGUAAUGUUAUAAUUAAAACAUCAUAAUUUAUCAUCCACAUCCAAUAUAAAGUAUUACAUGAAGUAAUAAAAACGGUGUGUUUUUUAAUUUGGUGUUUGAUGUGGAUAUGACAGUACCAUAGGCUGUGUUAUCCUUUCAUCAAUAUAACAAUGAAAAAUAGGUUUUUGUUUCCAUGUUCUGGUAUAAUAUAUACAAUUCCUAUCUUCAAUAAAGGAAUGAUGUUACUUGAAAUGUAAAUCCUGGGAAA